UUAUUAAUCUUAUUUUUAUUUCUAUCUUUAAUUUUUUGUUAAUUUUUGUUAAUUGUUGUUGAUUUCUGCAAUUUGUGUAGAUUUUGUGGAUUUUGAAAAAUGUGUAGGAAUCUGUGAUGUUGUGUUGGAUGGUGAGAUUAGAAAUUUUUAAAAAAUGGACAAGAUGGAAUAUGAUUUGGAGACGUAUAAAAAUUUAAUAAGGUCGAAAUUGUACAAUUAUACUGCGAAAUUAUCGUAUCUUUCUCACGACGACGAGUGGAUCCGGGAUAAAAUCCAGCACUUGUCAGAAAUCAUCCAGAGAGCAGUGGAAACAUGUGAAAAUUUAAUAAUUCUAGUCCGAGGGCAGCCUUCCUCGGGAAAAACGUACCUGGUCCGAAGAGCUCUGUCCACAGUCCUCUCCUCAAAAAAACUAAUUAACCAGUCCACACACGUCAUAGAACUCUAUGCCUAUGACCACGUGGAUGAUAUUAAGUGCAUGAAGGAACUUCUUAACAGGCUUGAGCGAGUUCUGGGAUCCAACACGGGGGCUGAGAAACACAUGUUAGUGUCUAAUAUCAGGGCUCGGAUCCUGCACGCGCUUAAACUUUUAAGAAGAAGUAACGUCUACGUCAUCAUAGUAAUUGACGGAUUUGAGAUUUUCACCAAGGGCAACUACGACUGCAGCAGUACUGUGGGCUCAGUGUCCAGGAGACAGGGUCUAUUAUACUUUUUAUCAGACUCCAUGCAGACUAAGGGGACCGCAUUUUCCAUCAUCUUUGUCACUUCCGACCUGAACUGUAUUGACAGGAUGGAGAAGAGAGUUAAGUCUAGAUUUGUAUAUGAACCCGUCUACUGUUUCAGCGACUACGACGUCACAGACUACUUCGACUCACACGGAGAAUCCAAGAAGAUCCUACCCAACUGCAUCGUCAAAGCAGAUAAAGACAACAUCAGUAUGAUGAUACAAGACAGUGUGUGUGGGAGGGACAGGAAUCACAUAUCAAUAGAGGCGUGUGUAUCGAUUUUAAUGUUAAAGAAGACAGAAUUCAAGAUCAAACGCGAGAAAAAUAAAAAUCUUGUACACAUCACAAUACGUAAGGAGCUAAAAGUGGACAGAAUAAUAUUUGAGAAUUUGACCAUUCCGCAGCAUUUCAUACUGGUGGCACUGUCGAGAUUACAUGUCAAGGGCGUUUACCCGCAGACCUUACUUGAGAUUAUCAAGGAUUUAGAUGACAUGGUAGCCUUCUUCCCUGCCGAAAAAAACGCCAUUCCAAACACCACCGGUUUGAGGCGUGUGUUUUUGGAGUUGGUGCACAUGGGACUGGUUGAGUGGGUUAACUAUUCGGAGAAUAAAAUUGAUAAUGUCAAGGUGCAACAUCUGGUCAAUGACCCCUCAGGAAGCACAAUCCCCUGCAGAUUCCCCAAAUACCGAGAGUACAUGAGAUUGGAGUUGACGGAGUUGAUUCCGACGUACUUGUCCCAGUGGCUACUAAUGGCCGAGGCCACCUUUUAACACUUUUAAUUUUUUGUAUCUGUUA